UCCCAUUGAACCUUUUACCUAACCCCUCCUCCAGGGAAAAACAGCCUGAUCGUCACUGGAUUAAGUAACACCCGUUGCUUGCAGUCUCCUUGAAUAGCUUUGUUUCACUUUUUUCAUUCGUCGCCCGGAACGUCAUCCAAUCCCACAGGUCCCUCCCCCCCUGGCAAGCCCUUCCACACAGACUCCAUUUUUUUCUUCUUAUUCUCCAUUUUCACAGCCUAGGCCGUUUUCGGGUCAUUUCGGAGCAGUUUGCUGCCAUAUUUAAUUUCGUGUACGCUAAAACCUCUGACAAAAUACUACGCCACUGCCCAGCUUGGUCACGGUUUACCCGGGCAGCAGACUCGCAGUGAAUUCGAUUUCGCCGUACUCCGUAAUCAAAAGCCAAAUCAUGGAUCCCGCACCCGCAUCUUCAGCUCCUCGUGCUACCGUUAAUAUACCCCCCAAUCACCCACUUCCUCUCGACUAUUUCACCUCAGAUUUCGUUCGACAGCAAGCUGCCAAACAACAGCACUCGAACUACCAUUCCACAUCCCUGAGAAACAUGGUGUCGACAUCUGUCAAUCGCACUGCGCUGCACCCCACUGGUGUUCAACCAGGAAAGGGCCACACUGAGCUCGAGGAGGAGCUUCACGAAACAGCCCACAUUGACUAUGAAAGAGUAGCAAUUAUCGCCAAUCCUUCUGUUGCUGCUCUCUACGAAGAUGCCCUCGUCUACGAGACCGGAACCGCUAUCACAUCCAGCGGAGCCCUGACCGCAUACUCCGGAGCCAAAACGGGUAGAUCACCCCUAGACAAGAGAAUUGUCAAAGAAGAAACAUCAGAGAAUGAGAUCUGGUGGGGUCCAGUCAACAAGCCCAUGACCCCUGAGGUCUGGAGAAUCAACCGAGAGAGAGCCGUCGAUUACCUCAACACAAGAAACCGAAUCUACGUGAUUGAUGGCUAUGCCGGCUGGGAUGAGCGCUACCGCAUCAACGUCCGCGUCGUUUGCGCACGUGCCUACCAUGCUCUGUUCAUGCGUAACAUGCUUAUCCGUCCCAAGCGGGAGGAGCUACAGCAUUUCCACCCAGACUAUGUCAUCUACAACGCCGGAUCUUUCCCCGCAAACAGAUGGACUGAGGGUAUGACAUCGGCUACCUCCGUUGCCAUUAACUUUGCCGAGAAGGAGAUGGUCAUCCUUGGCACAGAGUAUGCCGGAGAGAUGAAGAAGGGUGUCUUCACGGUUCUCUUCUAUGAGAUGCCAAUCAAGCACAACGUCCUCACCCUCCACUCCUCUGCCAACCAGGGCCCAGAUGGUGAUGUUACCCUCUUCUUCGGCUUGUCUGGUACCGGAAAGACAACCCUCUCUGCCGACCCCAAGCGUGCUUUGAUUGGUGACGACGAGCACUGUUGGAGCGACCGUGGUGUCUUCAACAUUGAGGGCGGAUGCUACGCCAAGUGCAUUGGUCUAUCCGCAGAGAAGGAACCUGAUAUCUUCAACGCUAUCAAGUUCGGAUCUGUCUUGGAGAAUGUUGUCUUCAACCCAGAGACACGUAUCGUGGACUACGAUGAUGCUACCUUGACUGAGAAUACCAGAUGCGCCUAUCCCAUUGAAUAUAUCGAGAACGCCAAGAUUCCAUGCCUGGCUGAGCAGCACCCAUCCAACAUCAUCCUCCUUACUUGCGAUGCCCGUGGCGUUCUUCCACCGAUCUCCAAGCUCACCAGCGAACAGACCAUGUUCCACUUCAUUUCCGGUUACACCUCCAAGAUGGCUGGCACCGAGGACGGUGUUACUGAGCCCCAGGCUACCUUCUCUUCCUGCUUCGCUCAACCAUUCUUGGCUCUCCACCCAAUGCGCUAUGCUCGCAUGCUCGCUGACAAGAUUGCUGAGCACAAGGCUAACGCUUGGUUGUUGAACACCGGCUGGGUUGGUGCUGGCUGCACCACUGGUGGCAAGCGUUGCCCACUCAAGUACACUCGUGCCAUUCUUGAUGCGAUCCACUCCGGUGAGCUCGCCAAGGUCGAGUACGAGACCUACGACACCUUCAACCUUCACAUCCCCAAGUCCUGCCCCAACGUUCCUAGCGAGCUGCUGAACCCACAGAGAAGCUGGACCGGCUCCGCCAGCUUCAAGGAUGAAGUCAACAAGCUGGCUGAGCUCUUCAACCAGAACUUCACGAAGUACAGCGCGGAAGCCACCCCAGAGGUCCUCGCCGCUGCUCCAGUUGUCACUGGUGCAGAGGAGGCACCGGUCGCUGAUAAGGCCGCUCCCGUUCAAGUCAACGGCGAACAGGCCCAGGAGACCACAAAUUGACUAGCCAAGCAAGAGUCGGCGUCACAACCGGAAGAAAUCUUGACGAAAAAGUCAAAACGUCGAUUCUUGAGUUUACGAAGAAUGCUGUCCAAAAAAAAUUAGUUUGAAUUGGGUUCGAAUCCUUUUUUUUUUGCGAGUUUGCAUUGACUUGUAUUCCAAAAAAACAGUUUUAUGGGACUUUCCCUCAUGUUUUUUUCUUUUUUUUGUUCCCCUUGAUUCUCUUCUGAUAUGCAUAGUUUGCCUGGGUUCUCUGCAUCAUACCAAAGGUUUUAAUUGCCCCCUUGUCUCUUGUCGUUCUGCGACUACCACUUUUAAACCCCUUUAACCCCAUCACUACAGACAACGACCUCAUCCUUCUUUACAAACCACGCUCUAUUCUCCUCAUGAGAAAUAUUCCUUCAUGAGUCUGCACAUGUCCUCCUUUUUCUCUUUUUCCCCUUUCUUUUUCCAAUCAUGAUAUUCCUCGACGCGUUUCCUGUUUAAGUGCAGAUUAAUACUGUGAUCACCUUCCAACACCAAGCAGAGUUGACAACAACUUAAAAAAAAAAGGUCUUGCAAAAAGCAAGAAAACCAUGUACCGCUGGUUUGGUCAAGGGACACGGAAGUUGGUAAAAAGAGGAGGAAGAAUCAGAAAGAGUUAUAUUUACAUAAAAAAAUGAAAUAAAAAGAAUAUAACCCUGAAACUCUUUUCUCCCUUUGGUCGGAAUUAACAUGAAAGACUUGUUGUAGGUGAAACGAAAUAUUUAAAAUCAUCCUUCUA